CAAUCCUUUAAUGAAAAGAAGAAUCACAAAAAUCUGACUUGCUUCCAAAACCCUCAAACACCUUUUACUUUUUAUUUUCUUUUCUCCCCUAAGAAAAAAGAAAAAAAGAAAAUCAAAAACCUCAAAGCAACAAAAGCAUAGUAAAAAAAAAAAAAAGAGAACCAUACCACCAUCUCUUUCUCUUCUCCCCCACCAAAACAAACCUAACUCUUCAAACCCCCCUUCGUGGGUAUCGGUUACAAUUCAAUACUACUUUUUCUCUCCAAAUUCGGCCAAAAACGAAAACAGGAAAAAAAUUUGUCCCAAAGUAAUAAAAAGAUGGAAGCUCUGCAAACCAAAGAGGCGGCAGCAGCCACAGUCACAAGAGAAGAAGAAGUACCAUCUUUCAUGGUGGACGAUGAUGACCUCCUCAACUUCUCCUUGGACGACGGCGACGAAGAACCCACCAAAAAUAUUACUAGUAUUUCCAAAGGCCCUUCUUUUUCUUCCUCAAUCCCUCUCCUUAGCCAUAACCUGGAUGACGAUUCUCCGCCUUUCCCUGAAUUUGUGGAGGAAGAGCUUGAAUGGUUAUCAAACAAGGACUCUUUCCCAUCUGUGGAGACAUGUUUCGACCUUCUAUCCGAGGACCCGGAAAUGGAAGCUUUGGACCACCAGAGCCCUGUGUCGGUUCUUGAAAAUAGCAGUAGCAGUAGCAUCAGUAAUGGAAGCAGCAGUGGAAAUGGCAGUACCAUCAUGAGCUGCUCUGGGAGCCUUCAGGUUCCAACAAGUUUCCCCGUCCGGGCACGGAGCAAGAGACGAUUAAAGAAAAGAACUGGCUUUGGUGAUUUCUCUGGUCAGCAAUUACUCUGGUGGAAACAAUUGAGUGUUAAGAAUAAUAAUAGGCGUGAGGUCUUGGCACCAUUGUCCUCGAAGGUGAAUAAUGGUGCUAGCAUUGGUAGGAGAUGCCUACAUUGCAAUACUGAUCAGACACCACAAUGGAGGGCUGGGCCGAUGGGACCCAAAACGCUUUGUAAUGCUUGUGGUGUACGCUACAAGUCUGGGCGACUGGUGCCUGAGUAUCGACCCGCCAGUAGUCCGACGUUCUCAGCUGCAUUGCAUUCUAAUUCUCAUAGGAAAAUAAUUGAGAUGAGGAAGCAGAAACAGAUAGGAAUGGGAGGAUUCAUAGAAACCGAGAUUGGACUGGAUGAUGGCGGACGUGGGUUGUGGAUAUAGGGUAGGAUUGGGGUUGCUAGUUUGUUGCCUCUUCUAAACGGUAGUUUUAACAUAGGUUAGAGUUUAGAGUUUGUUGUAAUGGUGGGUAGGUUCGUUUUAGUGAACCGUAUUUUUUUUUCUUUUAUUUCCAUCAAAAUCCAUUAGGGAAUUUUGACGCUAGUGUGUUUCAGUUAUGAGUCAGGUAUGGAAGAUGCAACAGAUGGUUUUGGUUUUUUCAAAGUUUAUACAGGUCAUCUUUCUCUUCUGCGUGCUUUUGAAUGAAUGGCCCAGGGGCCAUACUAUGGUAGGGGUAGCAUACUUGUUCAAUCUCAUUUUUCCUCUGGAUACUGGUUUUUGCUGCUUCUGGAGUGAUAAAUGAAUUGGUAGUUGCAUGUAACCUCAAAUUGGUGAUUGUGCUUGAAUUCGUGAAUGUUGUGUCUUGAGGAGGACAAGGUGUAUUUGUCAUUGCAUAUGCUGGAUUUUGUUGGUUGCAGUUACCGUUAUUUGUUAGUUAUACAUUAGGUAUCUGUUAAUAAUUUUUUAUAUAGCCAAAGUCGGCCUUGCAUAGCAGGACCAAUGUUAAUUGCAGUUGUGCCUAGAGUUUAUUACAUGUUUGGCUUCUAGUUUGUCGAUACUUUACACUCUUUGACAGGAUGUGUGCUCAUAUGAUCAACCGGUUGGCAUGUUUUAGUGAGGGAGUUUGUUAGAGUUUGGAGACUUUGUUUGCUGCUGAAUUGUCUACAGUAUAAAAACUUAGAUGGUCUGCAAUCACCUGUGUUUGCAAUGUGAAUAUCUUUUACCAAUACCGGAUCCGAAGCUUCUUUCGCCAAUUUUGGCUGUCCAUGAAGUCUUUGGCUUCUGGCAUAAGCAGAGUUGGCGAAAAAAGCUUACAAUACAAUCACAAUGGAUCCAUUUGUUUGGGGAAAAAAUGUCG